CUAAACCCAGUCCAUAUAAAACCCUAACUCCCUCUCUCAAUCCAUUUGGCUCCCUUGUCAAAAAACAAAACCAGAAAGAAAACAGCUCUUUGACAGAAAAUCCCCCCUUUCCCUGUCAAGCACAGCACCAACUAAAACUGAGAAAAACCCACCAACCCAUUUUCUCUCUCACAUACAGGCCACAGCCAUAUUUCAUCAACAUAUUGAUAAAAUCAAAAUUGGGAAUUAAUUAAAAUAAUUAGUUAAUCCCUCCUCUUCCACUUUCCCUUCUUUUCUCUCAUCUUGUCUUGCCAAAAAACCCUCUUCUUAUAUUAUUUUACUUUCUCCCCCAUUUUCCUCUGCCUUCUUCGUCUGCUGCUGAGCUUCCUUUUCUGCUCUGGUUCCCCUUCCGGGUCUUCUCUCUUUCAAGAGUUUUAACACUAAAAUGGAGAAGGGAGCUCUGUCAUAUUGCUUGGAGGAAGGAGAUUCUGAGUUGCUUCUCGCUUGAAUCUUUCCUCAUUACAGCAAUUCCUCCAGAGGCAAAAGGAACUACACCCAAUCUGUUGCCUCUCUUUUGUGUGGUUUCUGUGGCCUUCUGCAGCAUUAUUGCUUCAACUUGAUUGCUUUUGGGGGUUGGUUUGAUAAAUGGGAACCAACAAGAUUAAAGGGUUCUACAAAGGGUUCAAGUUCAUCACUCAAAUCUUUGUUGUGAAGGAGAGAGAGCUGGAGAUUGGGUUCCCAACUGAUGUAAAGCAUGUUGCUCAUAUUGGAUGGGAUGGUGCCUCUGGGAAUCCACCCAGCUGGAUGAGUGAGUACAAGACAGCUCCUGAAUUCUCAUCCUCGAAACCUUUUGGUGGAGCUAAUGGAGUUCCAAGAGAGUCCAAUUCCGUGUCUUUCUCUCCAUGGUCCUCUCAAGAUUUUAGCGAAUCCAUGGGGCUUCACCAGAUGCCUGUGUCGACAAUGUUGGAUCAAACCGUACCAACUUCAGACCCACCAAGCAUCCCAAAGAAGCAGAAGAGGAAAAAGAAGUCAGCAUCGACGUCAUCGCCUUCAAAGGGUUCAUCGUCGUCUUCGAUAUCUAAGGCCUUACGAUCAUCCAAGGCUAAUAAGGCCGUGUACCACGAGAUGGAGCCGACCAUGAUUGCACAAGCUUAAUUAGUAGCCCGAUAUGUCGAAGUGUUAAAGGAAUGUGCAUAGCAGGAAGAAUGUGUCCUUUUUUCUCUCUUGGUGAUCAAGGCUUCUGUAAAUGUGUUGACAAAGUGUACUACAAACGUUGACCGGUGGAGUACUUAGGUUUGAUUGUAUAAGGGGACAUAAAAAGUAAUGUUAGGUGGUAAGUUCUACUCUUGAGGUUUACAAGAAUGUGUUGUGAAACAUUAUUGUAAGGAAUGUGGGUUCAAAGGUGAGAAAUUUUGGAAUUCAAAUUGGUUGGAACGAAUGAGGAAAACUCUGGUUGAUGAUUUCGAUUGUGGUAGGGUUAGGAAGCUAGAAAAAAGCGUCUGGCUUGAGCAAGUUACCUAUGGGCUUGUAUAGUGUGGUAACAUGUC